CGCCGCGCGCCUGAAGGACCCCGCUCGGGCCGCACGGGCCGCCUCGCCCGGCGCCUGGUGGCCACUUGACGCGCCCGGAGGACUAGGUGGAUCGGACCCGAACUCCAGCUGGACUGGGGCUCCGAACAGCCCGGAAUCUGGGCGGACUUAGUCCCCGGGAGCGAGAUGACCGGCAUCCUGCGCAGCCCUCCGGCCCUGCAGCUCACCCUGGCCCUCAUCAAGCCCGAUGCCGUGGCUCACCCGCUGAUUCUGGAGGCUGUCCAUCAGCGGAUUCUGCGGAACCGGCUCCUCAUUGUGCGGAGGAGAGAGCUCCUGUGGAGGAGGGCCGACUGCCGGAGGUUCUACCAGGAGCACGAAGGGCGCUUCUUCUACCAGCGGCUGGUGGAGUUCAUGGCCAGCGGGCCCAUCCGAGCCUACAUCCUCGCCCACCCGGACGCCAUCCAGCUCUGGAGGACGCUGAUGGGGCCCACCAGGGUGUUCCGCGCCCGCCACGUGGCCCCCGACUCCAUCCGAGGGAGUUUCGGCCUCACCGACACCCGCAACACCACCCAUGGCUCCGACUCCGUGGCCUCCGCCAGCAGAGAGAUCGCAGCCUUCUUCCCCGACUUCAGCGAGCGGCGCUGGUAUGAGGAGGAGGAGCCGCAGUGGCGCUGGGGCCCCGUGCGCUACAGUCCGGAGGGGGGUGUCCACUGCGCAGUGGGCACAGGCGGCCAGGACCGGCCUGACCCCGGCCUGUGGGUCUGAAGGCUGGAUGGGGAGGCCAGGCCCCUCCCGCCUGAGAGCCUGGCUCCUCACUGCCGCUGCCUCCAAGCCUCUCUCUCAUCUGCCUCUUCGCUGGGCUGGUCCUGGGGGCUCAGAGGAAGGAGGGCUCCGCUUUGCCCUGAAACUGUUCACGCCUUUUCGAGGAGGAGCUGCCUGAGUGACUGACUACGAGCAGCACCUGGCCCUCCCUCCGUGCGAGUCCCUGUCCGACCGCGCCUCCCGCAGGCCGGCUGCUCAGGGCCUGCUGGUCCUGAUGGAGUCAGUGAGCCUGUCCUGAGGCCCCUCCCCUCCAGUGCCUGGGGGGUCCACACAGUGCAGCUCACGUCGUGGGUGAGUGGGCUCCAGUCCCGGCCUGCGCCCUGGGGGGAGGGGCGGCCUUUAUGUGACACAGGCCACGGCUGCCUGAUGAAUCAACUCAAAAUGUAGUUCUUAAGAGAAUAAUCUCGCCCCGGCCAGUGUGUCUCAGUGGAUAGAGCACCGACCAGCAGACUGAAGGGUCCCAGGUUCAGUUCCGGUCAAGGGCACAUGCCUGGUUGCAGGCUCGAUCCCCAGUGGGGAGCAUGCAGGAGGCAGCCGAUCCAUGAUUUUCUCGUUAUUGAUGUUUCUAUCUCUCCCUCUCCUUUCCUCUCCGAAAUCAAUACAAAUAUAUUUCAUAAAGAGAGAGAGAGGGAUGGUUUGUUCCUAUGUGUCUGUCGGUUGGCGGGGGAACCGCUGGUCUCACGUGGACUCACCCGUGGCUGCACUCAGCGGGUGGGUCCCUCUCGGGCUUUCAUCUGGAGCUUCACAGCAUGUGGUCUUAGGGUCCCCAGGGGGCCAGCUCCCAUUCACAAGCUUUCCUGUUCCUGCGCCUGUCAUGUCUGCUAACAUCCCAUUGGCCAAAGCAAGUCACAUGACCAGACAGAGUCCAUUUGGGAAGGGCCUGCAUAAGGGAGGGGUACUGGGAGGGAUAUUGGGGGCCAUACCAUGACAAUCUACAGUAGUGAGAAUAGUGAGGAGCCUUGAAUUUAUAUAGAAUUUGUGAGACCAAAUAUUGCACAAGCCAACAAAGGAGAUGAAGAAAUAGCCCUAACUGGUUUGGUUCAGUAGAUAGAAGGUUGGCCCUCAGACUGAAGGGUCCCAGGUUCAAUUCCAAUCAAGGGCACAUGCCUGGGGUGCAGGCUCAAUCCCCAGUAGGGGGCGUGCA